CAUAAUUGUCUCUAUGUAACGGAUGGUAGUUCUAUUAUUUUAGAAAAUAUAGGAACAAAAUACAAACUUUUUUCAACAGAUAUGAAAUGGGGAACAGGUUCUGGAAAUCAAUUAGUGACAGCUGUAACUACAAAUAAUAAUGAGGAUGAUUUAUUGUGGACAGUUAGUGUUUAUGAAGAAGGGAAAAGUUUUACUGGAAAUAAAAUAAACUGUGAUGAAAUUGUUACAUUGAAACAUGUAAAAUCUAAUGGAUAUUUAAUAAGUUCAAAACAUGAAUCUAUAUUAUCUAAUAAUUAUGAAUUAAGCGUUCAUAAAAAUAACGAAUCUGGAAAGUUUCAGGUAGUUUGUGAGAAUAAAAAACAUAGCUCUUAUUGGGAAGUAGGAAAAAACGUUUUUCUAAAAAGUGUAAAUCAUAAUGGUUAUUUAUCUACUAGCAAAAGUUACGAGUUUAAUCAGUAUAAUUGUCAUAAUUGUCCAAUUCUGCAUCAUUUGGAAGCUUGUAUUAUGAAAUAUAAUUAUCAAAAAGAUGAACAAAAAUGGAGAGCUAAAUCAGGAGUAAUUAUUACACAAUUUAAUGAGGAUACAAAUGAAAAUUAUGGUAGUGAUGAACUUUAG